GAACAAUGUCUCAACAAACCAGAAGUCGAUCACACACAUGACGCUCUUUCGGCAACCUCCGGCAUUAAGACACUCGAGCACAUUCACGGGAACGAACCCACGGAGAGGAAAACACCCGCCGACACACUACCAUAAACGAAGCUACGUCCCAACCGCCGCCAGUUCCACUUUUCGCGGUAAAGCAGGAACUCGCGCCAUUGCCUCACCUACCUCGCUCUGCAGCUAGUCUUCGCGUGCACUCUUAUACGUAUACGGUUCGCAACGAAGAUUCAUAUGCUUCCGACGAACAGUACGCUGUACGCCGGCCAGCCGUAGUUAGCUGGGUCCGGAGCCUAGCGCACGUACAUACAGAGCAAAAGUCCCAAUGGAUAUCAGUCAUAUCAUCGCAAAACGCCCCAAGGAGAGGCGGCGCUAUGGUGACCACGACCGCGGAGAGCAGCAGCUCCCGCAGCCGCUGCUCGAGCUCGACUCGCCGCUCCCCACGCCGCGCCGCUCGUGCGCCUCCGCGGAUCACCCGCGGUGCCGCCGCGACGCCUCGCCGCUGCGAGUGCGGACGCGGGUGCCGUUUUCCUGGGAGAGCUCACCCGGCGUGCCCAAGAGCAGAGCCGUCGUCGACGUGCUGCACAAGAAUAAGGCGGCGCCGGAGACGACGAUGCCGAUGCCGCCACCGAAGCCGCCGCCCGGGCGCUGCACCUCCUCCAGGAACUGGCGCUACGGCAAUGCGAGCGACUGUGACACCCACACGUCGUCCUUCUUCUCCGUGCACAACAGGACGGUACCCUCCUCGUCCUCCUCGCCCGACCAGCGGGCGAUCGGGUCGGGCUCGUUCGACCGGGUCACGUCCAAGCGCUUCGAGGACAUCUUCCUCGGCCGCGCCUCCAGCUUCGUCAAGGACGAGCGGUGCCACUCCCGCCACGCGCUCUCGGACGCGUCAUCCUCCUCCGGCAGAUCAACGCACCACCCGAAACAAUGGCGCCGACGCCACGACUCCACCGGCGACGACGACGACGGGGAGCCGCCGCCAAACACCGACCCCGCCGUGCAGGAGCAGAUCGUGCCGCGCAUCAAAGUCCGGCCGCGCGUCGAGCAGAUGUCCCCGAGAGCCUGCGGGCUCAUGGUGUUCUUCCCCUGGAGCGCCAAGCCGGCGGUCUGCGGCGGGUUCAGGAGCCCGUCGUCGCUGUCGCAGCGCGCGACGCCUCGCUCCUCAGACGCCAGCGAUCGUCCUGUCCCUUCGUCGCGCUCACACAGCCGCAGGAGCACGACGACCCUGCGUGACGCCCUGCAGGAGGAGAACAAAACAGAGGACGACGGCGACAUUGGCCAGGCUGCAGGGCUGCCGCGUGGAGAGAAGAAGAGGAACCGCGAGGAAUGGCAGGGCCGCGGCUGGGGCGUCUCGUCGCUGCUCGGCACCAGCAAGAAGUACUGCACCGAUGCGCGGAAGGCCCUGAGCAAGCUGUCCAUCGGACUGGGCUCCGAGAGCGGCAGCCCGAGAGUUGGCAGGGAGAGGAACGACCGCAAGCUGCAGGAUGUCCCAACAACGCCGGCAAUGACCACGGCCGCCGCGAAGCUGACGAAGAUCAGGACUAGCAGGAAUUAACGUGGAUUGGCGCGUGGUUGCUAUACGGUAGGAGAAGAUGCAACUGAUCUGCCCUCUGACCUCUAGAAUAAAUUAAGUUAUAGAGAGAAUUCCAUAUUUGCCAUUAAGAAUUUGCCCAUAUGUCCAAAUGCCACUGAGAAUUUCCAUGUUCCAAACAUGCCACUCAAAUUUUGCACGGGGUACAAAUAUACCACUACAGUUAGUUGAUCGCUAGUUGGCCGUUAAAUAGAAGAUGAAAAAACAAUUUUGCACCUAUGUAGUAUGUUGAUGUUCCGUUAACAACAAAUUACUCAUUUUAGAAAACUUAACUUUUCAAGGUUUUUAAGAUACCCGUAAUACCAUUUCUGAGUAAGUUUCAGCAAUAAUGAUUUUAGCAUGAAAAAUUGGAAAAUUUCAACAGCACUUCCCUUGAUUUUAAUUAACAUCACAAAAGUCAUAAGUAAUAGAUUCAGCAAAUUAAUAGCUAAAACUCAUCAUAAUUUGUAGAGAGAGAGAGGGGGAGAGAAAGACCGAGAGGGUGUUUUAGUUUUCUUGUUUCUUUUUGUUUUUUUCUGACCUGUGGACAGGGGUAUUUCGGUCAAUAUAAAAUUGACUUAACGGUCAACUAACGGCAGUGGCAUAUUUGUACCCUAUGUAAAAUUUGAGUGGCAUAUUUGGAACAGGUAAAUUGUCAGUGGCAUUGGGCAUAUGAGCAAAUUCUCAGUGACAAAUAUGAAAUUCUCUCUAAGUUAUAAAUGCUUAGUAACAGAGCUAGAGACCUCAAUCGAUUUUAAUACGAUGGUACAGACUUAAGAUCCA